UUUUAAUUCAAGCUUUACUAAAAUAACUAUAAAGAAUUCAGUGGUAAAACUUUUGCAGAUAAAUCUUCAGACACGGGAGAUAUGACUGUGACCAUUAUUUUAUCUGUAAUCAUUAUUUAUUUAACGUAUUUACAAUUUGAAUUUUAAUAAAUGAGCUGCUACGAAAUUGCGUGAUAUUCAUUUACGAAUUUAAUAAUAUUCGCGUUUUCAUUUGUAAUUCAAACGCCUACAUAUCUGUCGGCUGAAUGAUUGACUUUAUUUUAGUCUUUGGCUUAUUGCAGUCGGACCUAAAGUAAAAACGUAGCUGUAGAAGUUUGAGCAGCGUGCAAGCUCGGAUACGAGGAAUUAUGAAGCGCGCUGGACAGUAGUGACACCUUGCGACAGUUUCCCAAACUUUUUGUAGCCAGUUCUUUCUCCCGUUCCCACCCUGCCUCAGCUGUCUGCUGUUUACGAAGGGGAGACGGGAUUUCGCGGGAAACUGAUAUGAAUGUCAACGUACUCAUUUUCAGUAGAUAAGAGAACGUGUUUGGUCUAGCUCGGCGUGUAAUUGGUAAUUCUCUGUUAUUAUUUAGCACAGUGAUUUAGCUAGAUGUUUUUUGUUGUAAGCGUGAGAUUUAUUCAGGAAUAAAAUGCCAAAGAAACCUCCACCAAGCAGAGUACACAAAAGAACAAAACUAUCGAAAGCCAUUAGAGCGCUUAGAAAAAAGAAUAAAGAAAGGAUAACUUGUGAAGAAUCUCGUACAGACGGCACCGGUUGUGAUGACUCAUUGUUACCAGAGCAGGGGCCAUCUCGUGUACACGAAGUGACAUGUGAAACCUCAACACAACUCGAAACUCAUGAGUACGAGUCUGGAGAAGAAACAAUUCCAGAUAGUGAUGAAUGGUUGCCACAACUAACAGUUACAACAGAACCCGCGGUUGUUGAAAUCACUGGUCGACGAAUAGUAAAUAUUAGUCACUUACUAAAACAACUAACAGAGCUGGCAAAACAUGGCAAUGUUUGCACUCAGGGACAAUACAAGAUUACUUCAGAAAGGAGGGUUGGCGUGAUGAGUUACUUAUAUUACGAGUGUAUAAUGUGUGAGAAAACUGUGACUGUAACAACAGAAGAAGAUACGAGAAAAGAAGAAGUCAACGACGCUUUCGUGUGGGGUGCAUUGUCAGUUGGAAUUGGCCAUUAUCAAAGUCAAGAGAUGAUGGCCAUCUUGGACGUUCCCAUCAUGGAUAAGCGAAAAUGGCAAAGACAUGAAAUUCGUAUUGAAGAGGUCUGGGAAGAAAAACUGGAGACAUACAUGCAAAAAAAUGGAACAGUAGAGAGAAAGAAGGCCUUGGAAAGAGGCCACGUAGACAACGAUGGCGUUCCGUACAUCUCUGUUUAUGUAGACGGUGCAUGGUGUAAGCGAACAUACGGACAUGCUUUCAACGCAGCAUCAGGGGUUGCAUGCAUAAUCGGAGUUGAAACCAAUGGAUUGCUAUUCAUUGGAAUAAAAAAUAAAUAUUGCUACGUAUGUAAUCAGACUAAACCAGGAGAAGAAAGUAAACAACAUUUGUGUUAUAAGAACUUCUCUGGUGCUUCUACUGCGAUGGAACAGGAAAUUUUAGUGCAAGGAUUUUGUGAGAGUGAAAAUAUGCAUGGGUUACGAUAUAAAUUCAUAGUAGGAGAUGGUGAUUCAAGUACCUACGUAAAAAUUCAACAAAACGUAAGCUACGGGAGGCAUGUUGUGAAAAUGGAAUGUGCAAAUCACGCUGUAAAAAACUACACAGGAAAACUGCAUAAAAUUGCAAAGGAUACAGUUCAUCCUAUAUCGGAACGAAAGUGCAGCUCAACCUGA